UAGAUCUUUACUCAAUCGCUCGCCGUCACGUAAUCUUGUCCGAUCUUCUUCCGGCCUCUGCGUCUUUCUCGAGGUGAUUCUCUCGACCAUCCCCCUCGCAUGCUCUAUUCACAUGGCCAAGCCGGGACGGGCUGUUUCCACCCUCGUCUUAGCUUUCGUGAUCCUGAACGUCAUCGAGACCACCAGUUCCCAAGGGUCUUGCCCGUACCCGUCAUGCACUGGUAAUCCACCGCCCGCGUCCACCGGUAAUCCGGCAUCGCCCUCGGCGGUGAUGACCACUCCGACUCAAGAAGGAGCCUACCCGGCACCGCCCGGCACUAUCUAUCCUCCGCCGGCGGGUUACUUCCCUUACAGUCCGCCUCAGCCAAGCGGCGGCUUUUAUGGCGCUCCCCCACCGCCUGAUCCGAUCUUGCCCUAUUUUCCAUACUACUACCGGAAGCCUCCCCGGAUGAAGACAGCGGAGUCAUCGGCCGCAGGUCUCCGGAUAUCGACGGUCGUGCUUAUAGGGGCGGUUGCUAGUUUGGGUCAGUUGUGGUAUAUUAUUUAAUGUAAGGCGGUGAAAAUGACGAUGUAAAAAAUGUAGAGCUGUUUUCAUUUGCUUGGUAUGAAGCUUAUGCGGAGAGCACUUCGGGUUUGUAAUUUAGUGUUAAAAGAGUAAGCUGGACAAAUAGACAAUUUGAUAGAUGUACAACAGAUGCUUAUAGUGUUUUUGAUGUCUGGAGGAAGGAAUGUCACUGAGCUUUCGUUUUGACCA